GCUCCACACAGGUGGUUAGGGCCCUUGAAAAGGCUCCAGGGGGCUCUUCUCAGCAGCACAGGAGUCUGCACUGGCUCUGGAGUCUGUAGUGUGUGUCGUCUUUGGACAAGAUAUGGGACCAGUCUGAGACCCAGAUUUCUUCUUAUCUGUUCUGUUGGGCAUAGUCAUGCCUAACAAGUGUGAAGAGAAUUAAGCUGCAUAGCCAGGGAAGAGCCUGGCAGAGUGGGUGACACUUGUCUGGUCCAGCAGUCCUUGUUUCUGGCCUCCCCUUCUUCCCUGCCUCUAGCUCCUGCUAGUUAGAGGCCACGCAGCUCUUGGCCACAAUUUCUGGGCUAGGGGCUUUGUCCCUAGCCCCUGUGGUCUCUCAGAGUCUUUGGCUGGUUGUGUCUAGCGCACAGGGCUCUGUCUGGAGCUCUAGAGCAGGAGGCUGGACACAGAGCCACAGACCCUUGGGAAUCCUCAGGGCUGGGAUCUCCAAGCUCUGGAGAAGGGACCUGUUCCUGCCUCUCUGCAGGGUAGAAACUGGCUCAAGUAUUCUGGUGCGACUCAGCCACUCAAUGUCCCUUGCUUCAAGGUUUCAUUCUUUCUGGAUCCAGGACUCUUCAGGGACUUCCUUCUCCAUUACCUACAAGGAAAGGUGACAAGGACCGGCUGUGAGUCCCUUACACUUUGGCCUUGCUCCAACAUGUAGCACCUGAGCCUGAGAGCACUUCUCGGGCCCUGCCCUUCGUGUUUCUUUGAUUGCCUGUCUCCCUCCACAGGAAUAUAGAAUCACAGGGCCUGAAACCCAGCCUGUUGCCUACCCACAUCCUCGCACUCAGCUGCCAGACUCCACAGCGGGAGGGCUCCUGACCUGGGCUCAGGACAAGAGCAUAGCCAGGUCAGGCGGAGGCAACGUCAGUGUGGCCUGAGGGCCAAGUUCAGCAGGAAGCAGAAAAAGGCACUGGCCAGCAUGUUCCAAGCAGUGGCCUAUGUCAGCAGGGGCCUGUUUCGUUCCUAUGCUGGGCUCUCUGUGCGCAUGAACAGCACUGGGAUAGACCAAAAGGGGGUCCUGGCCAAUCGGGUAGCUGUGGUCACCGGGGCCACUGAUGGGAUCGGCUUCGCUAUCGCCCGGCGCCUGGCCCGGGACGGGGCGCACGUGGUGGUCAGCAGCCGGAAGCAGCACAACGUGGACCGGGCGGUGGCAGCGCUGCAGGGCGAGGGGCUGAGCGUGACCGGCACCGUGUGCCACGUGGGGAAGGCCGAGGACCGGGAGCGGCUGGUGGCCACGGUCCUGGAGCACUAUGGGGGACUGGACUUUUUGGUGUGCAAUGCAGCCGUCAACCCCCUGGUGAGAAGCACCCUGCAGGCCAGUGAGGAGGUGUGGGACAAGAUCCUGGAUGUGAAUGUGAAGUCGCCAGCCCUGCUGCUGAGCCAGCUGCUGCCCCACAUGGAGAACAGGGGGAUGGGGGCAGUCAUCCUGGUCUCCUCCAUUGCAGCAUAUAUACCACAUGUGGAGCUGGGUCCCUACAAUGUCAGUAAGACGGCCCUGCUGGGUCUCACCAGGACGCUGUCAUUGGAGCUGGCCCCCAAGGGCAUCCGGGUGAACUGCCUGGUUCCAGGAAUAAUCAAGACUAACUUCAGCAAAGUGUUACACAUGAAUGAAGUUUUCUGGAACAACUUCAAGGAGAAGUACCGCCUGCAAAGGUUAGGGCAGCCUGAGGACUGUGCGGGACUUGUGUCUUUCCUGUGCUCUCCAGAUGCCUGCUACAUCAACGGAGAAAACAUCGUGGUGGCUGGCUUCUCCCCUCAGCUCUGAUGGGGCUAAGGGGGCCCUGAGCUGUGGGUCUGGGCUCAGGAGCCUGGGGAUGGGUGGGCUGGGAAAUCAUUAAGGUCAGGUGAUUACGUCUGAAGCUCUACCAGAUGAGCAAUCUGGGGGGCUCAUCCAUGCCAGCUUUGAGGCAGGACCCCCAGAGUUCUCAUUUGCUUGACUACUGCUGUACUUCUGAUACAGCUGCUGUGAUCUAACCAACAUGUGGGUUCUUAUUGUGGGGCUGUGGAGCCAAAGGAAUUCAUGGGGCUGACACUUUGGAGCACUUUGGAACAUAAGGGGAAGGAGCAGACACUCAGGAUGUUACCUCUUUCUCUCUGCCACUUGGACUUUGAACAUUCCUUUCCUAAAAUCAACUCUAAUUUCUCCUCAAGCCUGGAACUCCUGGGAAGGGUAGAGCUAAGGGGAAUGAGGCUGAACACGGGCCUCUCUUGUCUUCUGCCCUCUGCUGCCCUGAGCCCACUCACAGAGCCCAGGUAGUGACCAAUGAGUGUUCAUAGCAGGCUCUGCCCCGUUUUCUGAGCUGGCUGGGGGAGGCUGAGCAAGUGGGGCGUGGAGGGAGGAUUCUGGGAUUCCCCCUGGGGUCCUGUAGGCUAGUGAUUCUCACUGUUUUCUGGGCCACACAGGCCUUUGAGAACCUAAAGAAAGAAGUCUCACCAAAUCUUGCAUACCAUUCCAGGUUGCGACCUUAUAAUUUAUACAAAAGAGAGAAGUCAGUGUGAACCUUCUUAAGACUGUCUCCCCUUGGUAAAGUCCCUUUCUAUUCCUGAGGGAUGCUCGUGGCACCCUCCUUCUGUGUGUGCCCGUCCAAGGCGCAACAGACUCAGGGAGGAGUAGUGGCGUGAGAACACCUGUCUUCCUCUCAUGCCAUCCGUAAGUCUUGUCCUGAAUUGGUCCCAAGGGAAAACCUGAGACAAGGCUUCCAACUGAAUGCUGGCUUUCACCUCACUGAAGUCCCUCACUGGUGUCCCCUCUCUGGACCUCUUGGGCAUGGGUCUUUGUCUUGAAACUAAUUCAAUUAUGAAAACAUUUAUUGGUCCCUGCUGCAAACCAUGCAUUGGGCCAGGCACCUUGGAGAACACAAAUAUAAAAAAAGAACCAACCUCUCUUAAGUUCCUUCAUUGUGGUGGGAGAACAAGAGUUUAAAGCACUCAUCAAUAAAUAAGGCAGAAAUGGGGUGGCUGGGUGGCUCAGUUGAUUGAGCACCUGACUCUUGAUUUCAGCUCAGGUCAUGGUCUUGGGGUCGUGAGAUCAAGCCCCACGUAUGGGUCCAUGCUCAGCUCAGAAUCUGCUU